AUGUUCACAAAAGUGUGGGUGUUCCCUGUGAUGUUCGUCAUUUGUUCACUCGUCGGAAUGUACGGCAGCUUUUUCACUGGCGUUUUCCUCGGUCAUUUCCCUCUUCAAAUGAACUUUAUCAGCGCCAUCGGUGCACUACCGCCUGAACGAUGUAUCUUUGCCAUGUUCAUAAAUGCAGCUGUAUUUUUUAUGGCCGUCACCGUCUAUCUCCGACAUCGACAAAUCGUCGAAUACUACGGUCACCGAUUGCAGAUGCAAUUCGGCGUCUGGCGUGUGUGCAGCACGAUGCUCACCGCCUUCGCUUUUCUUUCAGCUUUCGGAAUUUCGUUGUUAGCCAAUUUUCCGGACAUUGAUGUGAAAAUCGUGCAUCGGAUCGGCUCAACAAUGGCUUUCUUCUUUGGUCUUCUCUAUAUUUGGGGUCAAGUUGUUUUCGGGUACAUAAUGAGCCCGGCGAUGACGACGAAAGCGAUGUCCCAUUUUCGUCUCUUAAUCGUCAUUUUGGCUACUGAGACGUUGAUUUUAUACGAGGUUUGCGUGAACUCACACAUUUUCAUCCCUGCUGACGCGGGCCCGAGACCGCCAAGGAAGAAUGGCAUUCGUUGGUACACGCCGGACUCACCGUACUACAUCAACCACAUGGCUGCGACGAUCUCCGAGUGGUUAGGAGUGAUUUUUGUCGACAUUUUCAUUCUCACUUUCGCCAACGAACUUCAAUUUGCUUACUUGCAAGUACCGAGGCUUCGUUUUAUCAAUGAGCCGAGAAGACUUUCCGAGACGACUGACGGUGAAGAGGAAUCCUUUGCUCAAUCUCAUCAAAGUUUCGAAGUUUAU